AUGAUAUCCCAAUUACAACAACAAUUACAACAUCAAUCUAGACAUUAUACAUUUGAUACUUCAGAGAAUAAUACUAAUCUUUCACAAUUUUGUUUAAAUUUACCGGAAUUCAAUACUACUUUACAUACUAUAUCUGAAUAUGAUAGAAAUAUUCUUGAAAAUAAUCAACAAUCAAUUGAACAAGGAAAAUUGAAUAUUAAUAAUGAUAAUGUUAAUACUAUUGGUAAUGAAGAUGUUAAACCUAAAAUUUGUACUACAAUUAGUUCGACCAGUACUACUAAUACUACCACUACUACUACUACUACUACAAUUGAUGAGAUUGUUAACUCUACUGAAAAUAAUAAACAAGCUUCUAGCAUUAUCAAUCAUUCUUUGUCUAAAAAGAAUCAAUUGGAUAAUCAAUUUAAUGAUUAUAAUAAAUCAAUAUCUCUCAAUUCUAGUCUUCCAUAUAGACUUUGUUAUUCACCGAAUACUACUACUGUUACUAUAUGUGAUAAAAAUAAUAUCGAAUUCAGUGAAGAAAUAUGUUAUACUACAAAAUAUCCUCGACUACAUGAUUCUUUAUCAGAAUCUAAUAAGCAUAACAACAACAGUAAUACAACUGAUAACAACAAUGAUAGUAAUAAUGAUCGGAAUAUUUUAGAACAAACAGGUAAUCCAAUAGAAUGUUAUGAAUUUCAAAGAAAUGUCAAACAACUUAUUAAUGAUGAAUUAAAUAAUCAUUUAAAGAAUGAAUCCAUUUCAAUGGAUUAUUUACAACAACAUAAACAACAAACUACAUUACCCUUAUCAUCAUUAUUGUUAUCAUCAUCAACAUGUAUAUCAUCUUUGAACAAUUCUGUCAAUAAAGAGUAUAUUCUUUCAUCUAUGAAAAAGAAUGAAAUGAUACAUGAAAACAAUGAUGAUGAUGAUAACAAUAAUGUAAAUGAAUUAUAUCGAAGAAGAAAUAAUUCCAUGUUGGAUUCAUUACAUCUUAGAUUAGAUAAAACAAUGGAAAAAAUAGAUGUUUUAAAUCAUUUACAAAAACUUAUGGGUAAUAGUCAUCAUCAUCAUCAUCAUCAUCAUCAUCAUCAUCAUCAUCAUCAUCAUCAUCAUCAUCAUCAUCAUCAUCAUCAUCAUCAUCAUCAUCAGCAUCAUCAUCAUCAUCAUCAUCAUCAUCAUCAUCAUCAUCAUCAUCAUCAUCAUCAUCAUCAUCAUCAUCCAUCAUCAUCAUCAUCAUCAUCAUCAUCAUCAUCAUCAUCAUCAUCAUCAUCAUCAUCAUCAUCAUCAUCAUCACAUCAUCAUCAUCAUCAUCAUCAUCAUCAUCAUCAUCAUCAUCAUCAUCAUCAUCAUCAUCAUCAUCAUCAUCAUCAUCAUAUCAUCAUCAUCAUCAUCAUCAUCAUCAUCAUCAUCCAUCAUCAUCAUCAUCAUCAUCAUCAUCAUCAUCAUCAUCAUCACAUCAUCAUCAUCAUCAUCAUCUCAUCAUCAUCAUCAUCAUCAUCAUCAUCAUCAUCAUCAUCAUCAUCAUCAUCAUCAUCAUCAUCAUCAUCAUCAUCAUCAUCAUCAUCAUCAUCAUCAUCAUCAUCAUCAUCAUCAUCAUCAUCACAUCAUCAUCAUCAUCAUCAUCAUCAUCAUCAUCAUCAUCAUCAUCAUCUUAGCGAUUCGGUGGAAUUACCGCUAGUAGUCAUUGGUGGAUAUCCAACUUCAUGCCUAUUUAGAUGA